AUGCUUUUUUUUUCCCUUUACUCUUUAUGCCACCAAUCUCUUUUGAAUCUUCUUAAUAAUUUCUGUUGGCUUUAUUUCUGCGGUAUAUGUAUUUUUUGUAGUAUUUUUUUUUUUAGGAGCGUGCAUACACGCAUGGGAAAGACAAAAGGCCACCCUCGCAGAGAUGAAGGGCAGAGGGGCUGGAAAGGUGCACAACGAGGCGGAUUUUGCAGCCGCGAGCCGUGUACAAAUCCCUGUAGCGUGCCGUUGGCGAUGUGGGACUUUGAGCAGUGCGAUCCUGAUGCCUGCUCUGGUCGGCGCCUAUAUCGUCAAAAUGCACUGCGUCUUUUAAAGCUGCGGGAACCCUUUCAUGGGGUUGUUCUUACACCCACAGCCACAGAGUUCAUGAGCCCUGCCGAUGUGGAUAUCGUUGCCCAGUUUGGUGCUGCGGUGGUAGACUGUUCAUGGAAGCAGCUACACGCAGUGCCAUGGCGGCAGAUGAAGAUGGGUGCUCCACGAUUGUUGCCGCUGUUAAUUGCCGCCAAUCCCGUCAAUUACGGUCGGCCAUCAAAGCUGAACUGUGCGGAGGCAUUGGCAGGGGCUCUUGCCAUUGCUGGUCGCAUGGAGGACGCAAGGUGCGUCUUGUCGUAUUUUUCGUGGGGAGAUAGCUUUUUUGAUCUAAAUGCCGAGUUGUUAGAAGGGUAUAGCAAAUGCGCCAACCCCGCAGAGGUGGUGGCCUUUCAGGAAAAGUACGUGGAAACGGAGGCAGUUGAAAGUGCGGCCCGACGGGAGAUAGACCUAAAUAAUAUGGACCUGAUGGAUGCAGUUCCACUAAACGUUAAACGGGGUAAACUAAGGCGUCGAAACAAAUGGAAGAACGAAGAUGGCCGCGAUGAAUUGGAAGAGGAGGAAGAGGAGGAAGAGGAGGAGGAAGAAGAAGAGAAAAAGAAACAAUUGGCGGACCUGGAAACAUCAGAUGAUGCAGAAUAA